AGAACUGGACGACUAGUGGCCUUCGUCAUGCACUCGCUAUCUCUCUCUCUCUCUCUCUCUCUCUCACUACCAUUUCCAUUUUAUCUAUUUGUCCUUCAAUUUGUCUCGUCAAUUGCCCAAGCACCGAGCCAGAGAGAGAGAGAGAGAGAGCGCCAUGGACAAUGGAAUAAAGAAAUGUGACGGCGCCCAAGAAGUUGAUCAUCAUCAAACGCCCAGGAAUAUGACCAUUAAAGGCAUUCUUGGGUUGUUGAUGGCAAACGUCGAUGCUGACGACAAGCGCCGCGUGAUUUCUCUGGGGAUGGGCGACCCUUCUGCCUACUCCUGCUUUCACACCACUGCCGUCGCCGAGCAGGCUGUUGCCGAUACUCUCAGCUCCCAAAAGUUCAAUGGCUAUGCCCCCACCGUGGGUCUUCCUCAGACUAGAACGGCAAUCGCUGAAUAUUUGUCAUGUGACCUCCCUUACAAGUUAUCACCUGAUGAUGCUUUUGUCACAGCCGGUUGCACUCAAGCUAUUGAUGUAGCAUUAACAAUUUUAGCUCGCCCUGGAGUGAAUAUUUUGCUUCCAAGACCUGGGUUCCCAAUCUACGAACUCUGUGCUGCAUUUAGAAAUCUUGAAGUUCGGCAUUUCGAUCUUAUCCCUGAGAAGGGUUGGGAAGUUGAUCUGGAUGCUGUUGAAUCGCUUGCUGAUUCUAACACUGUUGCAAUGGUAAUCAUAAAUCCUGGGAAUCCAUGUGGCAAUGUCUAUACCUAUCAACACUUGAAGAAGAUUGCUGAAACUGCAAAAAGGCUAAAAUUUAUUGUAAUUGCCGAUGAAGUUUAUGGCCAUCUUGCUUUCGGAGACAAUACUUUUGUGCCAAUGGGAGUUUUUGGAUCCAUCGUUCCUAUUCUCACCCUUGGCUCUUUAUCAAAGAGAUGGAUAGUGCCUGGUUGGCGACUUGGUUGGUUUGUGAUAAAUGAUCCCUGUAGCACAUUCAAAAAUCCGAAGGUGAUUGAGCGCAUAAAGAAGUACUUUGAUAUUUGCGGAGGUCCUGCUACAUUUAUACAAGCAGCAGUCCCUCAUAUUCUUCAACAAACUGAAGAGGUUUUCUUUACGAAGACCAUUAAUACAUUGAAGCAGACGGCAGAUAUUUGUUGCAAUAAAAUAAAGGAGAUCCAUUGCAUUACAUGCCCGCAUAAACCACAGGGAUCCAUGGCUGUAAUGGUGAAGCUGAAUCUUUCCCUCCUGAAAGGCAUUAGUGAUGACAUUGACUUCUGCUUCAAAUUGGCAAAAGAGGAAUCUGUCAUCAUUCUUCCAGGAAUUGCGGUGGGCAUGGAAAACUGGGUCCGGAUCACAUUUGCAGUCGAUCCAUCCUCGCUUGAAGAAGCUUUAGGGAGGGUGAAGUGUUUCUAUCAACGGCACUCCUAUCGCCAAACAGAAUGCUAAUAAUAUAAUUCAAGCUGUAUAUCUAUGCUGAUCCUUACUUGGCAGCAGCAGAAAUCACGAAUGGAUUUUUGCACCAUCCUGUACCUGUUUGUAAUUGCAAGCUGUGGUAUGACUUUGCCAUAACUCUCUGUAAGGGUAGUCUUCCAUGAACAUGAGGCAACAGUCAUGUUAUGGGAACGCCAGUUCAGUUCCCUCUGAAACAGAGUUGUUAUAAUAGCGUUUGAAGUUUCUCUCAUUUCUUCA